AUGUCGAUCCUUCUCUUUCUUCUCUUCUCUGGCACAAUCACCACCGUCUCCGCCUUCAUUGCAACUGCUCCGGCUAAAUCCGAUUCAUUUACACCUCCCGAUAACUACCUCAUAGACUGCGGUUCCUCCUCCCAAACCACCCUCCCCGACAGACGCAUAUUCUCCUCCGAUUCAACUUCAUCGCAAUAUUUGCAAUACAAAGGCCGUGAAAUCUCCGUGGCCGAUCAAUCCGCCAAUGUGCCUCUCCCGAUUUACAAAUCCGCCAAGGUUUUCGAUGCCGAAGCCACGUAUUCAUUUCGUGUCACGAAAACCGGUUGGCAUUGGGUGAGACUGCAUUUCUUCCCGAUAAUCGGGACGAAUAACGAAUUUAAAUUGCAGGAAACGAAGUUUACGGUGGUCGCGGCGGACGCUUUGGUUCUCCUCCAUAGAUAUACUCCGAAAGAAUUGGAAAUGCAUGAAUACCUCAUGAAUGUGACAUCAGAGCGCCUCGAUCUUAGAUUCUGUGGGAAAAAGGAAUCUCCGGCGUUUGUUAACGCGAUAGAGGUGGUUUCCACCCCGGAUAUGGUGAUUACCGACACCAGUGACGCUCUCUUCCCUGUCGGGAAAAAAAUCCACGGAAUGACGAGAUACUCAUAUCGGAAAAUCUAUCGGCUCAAUGUCGGUGGGCCUACCAUCACUCCGGGAAAUGAUACCCUAGGGCGAACUUGGAAUUCCGAUGAAAAGUUCCUUAAACCUCCGUCAGCGGCGAAAAACAUAUCGUUAGCACCGAACGUUAUUACCUAUCUUGAAGGCGGUUCGCCGUUGAUUGCACCGCCUACAGUGUACGCAUCCGCCAUGGAAAUGGGGACUUCGAACACAAUCGCCCCUAAUUUCAAUGUCACUUGGCAAUUUGAUCUCGAUAAAUCCUAUCCGUAUCUCAUUCGUCUGCAUUUUGCUGAUAUUGUCAGCAAAACGCUAAACGAAUUGUACUUCAAUGUGUAUGUUGGCGGGAAAAUCGCAGUCUCAGCCCUCGAUCUGUCGUCGAUAACCAACGGCUUAGCGGUAGCUUACUACCAUGACGUGUUUGUGGAGCCGCCUAUGAUUUCAAAUCCGUUCUUCAUUCAAGUUGGUCCGUUGAACGAACCAAUGGGUACCAAAAACGCGAUCCUAAACGGUCUCGAAAUCUUGCGAAUCAACAAUUCGGUGAACAGUUUAGACGGGGAGUUUGGCGCUGACGGGAGGUCGGCUACCGGACCAGGGCGGGGUACGGUGGCGGCGGUUGGUUUCGCGAUGAUGUUUGGAGCGUUCGCCGGGUUAGGUGCUAUGGCUGUGAAAUGGCAAAAGAGACCUCAAGAUUGGCAGAAGAAGAAUAGUUUCUCGUCGUGGUUGCUUCCCGUUCACGCCGGCGACGCCAGUUUUCUGUCGUCGAGCAAAAACUCAUUGGGCUCGAAGAAAAGCGCGUUCUAUUCAUCAACACAGGGGCUAGGCCGAUACCUUUCGUUUGCAGAAUUACAAGACGCUACAAAGAAUUGGGAUUCCAAAUCAGUGAUCGGAAUCGGAGGUUUUGGAAACGUCUACCUUGGAAUACUCGAAGAUGGAACAAAAGUCGCCGUGAAACGUGGAAACCCACAAUCAGAACAAGGCAUCAACGAGUUCCAAACUGAGCUCCAGAUGCUAUCCAAACUCCGCCACCGCCACCUGGUAUCGUUGAUCGGGUACUGUGACGAGAACGCCGAGAUGAUUCUAGUCUACGAGUUCAUGGAACACGGCCCUCUCAGAGACCAUUUAUACGGGAAAGGGUUGCCGGUGGUUUCAUGGAAGCAAAGAUUGGAGAUUUGCAUCGGGGCGGCACGUGGGUUGCACUACCUCCACACAGGGUCGGCCACCGCCAUCAUCCACCGUGAUGUGAAAACCACCAACAUUCUUCUAGACGAAAACUUCACUGCAAAAAUGGCGGAUUUUGGGCUUUCGAAAGACGUCGGAAUGGGCGAAGCCCAUGUGAGCACUGCUGUGAAAGGAAGCUUCGGGUAUUUAGAUCCGGAAUACUUUCGUAAACAACAAUUAACAGAUAAAUCCGAUGUGUAUUCGUUUGGGGUGGUGUUGCUGGAAGUUUUAUGUGCCCGAUCCGCCAUCGACCCGUCUUUACCCAGAGAACAAGUCAACUUAGCAGAAUGGGCGAUGCAAUGGAAACGAAAGGGUUUACUGGACAAAAUAAUCGACCCUAAUUUGGUCGGAAAAAUCAACCCAGAGUCGAUGAACAAGUUUGCAGAGGCAGCGGAAAAGUGUUUGGCGGAAUACGGUGUUGACCGGCCGACCAUGGGAGAUGUUUUGUGGAACUUGGAGUACGCGUUGCAAUUACAGGACCAGGGGAAAGCGGAGGAAGGCGGCGGAAGUAGUGGUGGUGGAUCGGCGUUAGCGAAUGCUGCACCGCUUGCUCCGGCGGUUGAUAAUAGGCCGGUUAUGACACCUGCUCAGGCGAGUCAGAAUCCGGCGGAAGUUCAGGUGAUUGAGGAUCAUUCCGGGACUGCCAUGUUUGAACAAUAUGCAAAUCUGAACGGCCGGUGA